UUAUUAAGAACAUGAAAAUCACAUUUCACAUGGUCUUAAAGAAAGUCAGGGUUUAAUCUUUACACGAUUAAGGGUUAUCCAAUAAUUUUAUCAGGGAACCUUUCCCUAUAAAUUUGAGCACCCUGGAAACGAUUUGAAGCAAACAAGUUGAAGUAUUCACAGAAAAAAAAAUGAAGAGAAUAAGCAUUAGCAUUGUGUUGUUGGCCUGUCUGGUGGCAUCUGCCGCUGCACAGAGUGCUUCUGGCGUGAUAGCUUAUUGGACUAACUACAAUGUUACAAACAACAACUGGGACUAUAAUGCCGCACAUGUUUUCUGCGCCGCUGUGGAUGGCGAUAAGCCCUUGGAGUGGCGCAGCAAAUAUGGAUGGACCGGUUACUGUGCAUCAGUUGGUCCGCAAGGUGAAGAGGCUUGCGGCUUGUGCUUGAGUGUGACCAACACUGAAACUGGAGAUAAAGAAACGGUGAGAAUUGUUGAUGCAUGCGGCAGUGGUGGCCUAGUGUUGGACCUGGAGACAGCUUUUAGACCGAUCGACAGCAAUGGGAAUGGCUAUGCACAAGGGCACCUUGUUGUGGACUUGGAGUUUGUGGAUUGUGAUGCCGUACCACCACCACCGGCAGGUCCAAGUGAGUCUAACGUCACAGCUUAUUGGACUGACUACAAUGUUACGAACAACAACUGGGACUAUCAUGCCGCAAAAGUUUCCUGUGCUGCGGUGGAUGGCGAUAAGCCCUUGGAGUGGCGCAGCAAGUAUGGAUGGACCGGCUUCUGUGGAAGCGUUGGUCCUCAAGGGGAAGACGCUUGUGGCUUGUGCUUAAAGGUAACCAACACAGCCACGAAUGCUGAGGAAAUAGUGAGAAUCGUUGAUGCAUGCGGCAGUGGAGGCCUGGUGUUGGACCUCGAAACCGCGUUUAGGCCAAUUGACACCAAUGGAAACGGCUAUGCACAAGGGCAUCUUACUGUGGACUAUGAAUUUGUGGAUUGUGGCGAUUCCAGCCAAGUUCUUGUCUAUUCCCAGUAACUUCUCGAGUUACAGAAGAUUGAUUCCCACUUAACUAAUUUGCCAUGAAUAAAUCUGUCGGAACCAUGUUUUAUGUAAUAAACGUGUUAGUGGGAUGAAAGUCUUGGCUGUUUGUAAGAUCAAAUGAUCAAAUAAAGUUA